GGCUGGCCCCGGCGGCGCCAUGUGAUGCCCUCUCCUCCCCGGGCUCUCCCGGCGCGGCGCGGAGCCGAGCGGAGCGGAGCAUCCCCGGGGCCGCCGGCCGCGUCCCGCCGCGGAGCAGCUCCCGCGGGGCCGGGCAGGAGCUGCCAGCACGUGGAUGCAGAGACCUGCCUGCCAUCUGCCUGUCCCCGUGUCCCCACACCCUGCAACCCUCCUGUGGGUCGGUCAGAGAGGGAGAGCUGAGGCUGUGCCCUCCCUUCAGCUCCUGCCUGUUUAAAGCCAUCCCACUCCCAGCUCCUCCCAGACCAUCCAGCAGCUGAAGCCUCCUCUGAGGACCCUCAUCCCUCUGCCAGAGCUGCUCUCCCACCUUCAGCCCCAUCACAGGCUCACAGCAUCGCUGCAGCUGGGGUUGGCAGAGCUCAGACUGCACAAGGGUGAUCGGCUCCCCGGAGGCUCCGUGCCCAGGGCUCCCCCGGCGCCACCGGCCCCCGAUGCUGGCGGCGAUGAGCGCCUGCAGCAGGAAGGCGCUGACCCUGCUCAGCAGCGUGUUCGCCGUCUGCGGCCUCGGCCUCCUGGGCAUCUCCGUCAGCACCGACUACUGGCUCUACCUGGAGGAGGGCAUCGUCCAGCCCCAGAACCAGACGGCCGAGAUCAAGCUCUCGCUGCACUCGGGGCUCUGGAGGGUCUGCUUUCUGGCAGGUGAGGAGCGUGGCCGGUGCUUCACCAUCGAAUACGUCAUGCCCAUGAACCUCCAGCUGACAUCUGAGUCCACAAUCAACGUCCUGAAGAUGAUCCGCUCUGCCACCCCCUUCCCUCUGGUCAGCCUCUUCUUCAUGUUCAUCGGCUUCAUCCUGAGCAACAUCGGCCACAUCCGGCCUCACAGGACCAUCCUCGCCUUCGUCUCGGGGAUAUUCUUCAUCCUCUCAGGUCUGUCACUGGUGGUGGGGCUGGUCCUCUACAUAUCCAGCAUCAACGACGAGAUGCUCAACAGGACCAAGGACUCGGAGUCGUUCUUCAAUUACAAAUAUGGGUGGUCCUUUGCCUUCUCUGCCAUCUCCUUCCUUCUCACAGAGAGCGCCGGGGUGAUGUCCGUGUACCUCUUCAUGAAGCGCUACACGGCCGAGGACCUGUACAGGCCGCACCCCGGCUUCUACCGCCCGCGCCUCAGCAACUGCUCCGACUACUCGGGGCAGUUCCUGCACCCCGACGCGUGGGCGCGGGGCCGCAGCCCCUCGGACAUCUCCAGCGAGGCGUCCCUGCAGAUGAACAGUAACUACCCAGCCCUGCUCAAGUGCCCCGACUACGACCAGAUGUCCUCGUCCCCGUGCUGAGGCCCGGCCGCCCCCGCGCCGUCGCCCGUGGUCGCCGCGUCCCGACUCCCGUUUGUUGUUUUUUUUUCCUGGCCAAUUCUCUAUUUAUAGGAGCGUAAAUAUAACCAGAGAGAUUGGUUAUAUAACCGAUAGUGUAACCUAGAGAAUUGGGAUGUUUCCCUUUCUUUGGUUUUUUUGGUUGGUUUUUAUUUUUGGGGUUGUUUUGUUCCUCCCUGCAUAACUAAGAAUGUCUCCAAAGUCCUCCUCUCUCAGCUCAUCCCGCUGAGCAAACAGCAGUUCUGCCUGGGGGAUAAAUCCAGGGCUGGACUCAAGAGCAGGAAAAAGCAAAUAGAGUAGAACCAAGGAAAAGAAGGUGUAUUUUUUUUUGGUGUGGGUAGGUAGGCUGAUAAAGUUUGUGCGUUCAACUGUAUCACUGAAUCCUAUAUUUACUGGCCUGUGUGCCAGCAGGGCAUCAAAGAUUUGUGUAACUUUCCAAGAAACAACCAGCAUUAGGAAAACAUAAAUUUGCCUUGACUGAACACUUACUGAUUGGUAUCUCUCACUGCUGGAUAUCAUUUCCAGCCAGGCUGGAAUGGGAAAUAGCCAUCCUUCAAUGAGACCUCAGCAGGCGUGGACACCAGCAGCUUGUUUUUCCUCUCUGGCCACUUGCAAACUGCUGCUUAAAUAUCCCAUGUUAGACUGGAGGCACUCUGAGGUGCUGGGCUGGAGGGAUGGCUUCAGCACCCAAAUUCCCUCUGCUGUCCUAUAGACAGAAGGUCUGAAGAAUAAAAGGGAGAAUUUCAAUGCAGCAUCAAGUGGAAAACAACCUAAACCUUUCCCAUGGGAAACAUCACGUGCAGGACUUAGUGGAAAGAUUUCAGUGAAAGGCAAGAUCCCAAACCUCUGUAAAGUGACAUAGCUGAGAUUAUUGGUACAACUCCACUGCAGCAAAGUAGUUGGCUUAUAUUAAAUUUUGGCAAGAAAAUGGUAUUUUCACUGCUUUUUGUGUGUGUGUGUGUGUGUGUGUGUGUGUAUAAACUUUAUUUUGAGCUUUUAAGUUUGAAAAUUUCAUUUGAUGCUUUGGCAUUUUGGCCUUAGCCAGCUGCCAGGGGAGAGCAUCACUGACGGACAACAAAGGGCAGGGAAGGAAAAGGCUGUGACCCCUUGUGCGAGCCCCAGCUUGUCACCUUGCAGGAGAAAGAGUUUUGUCCAGACUUUAUUUCUGUUCUUGUUUUAAAACUUUCUGAAAAUUUCCUUCCUGCAAAACAAAACUGUCUGGGGAUUCUUGGUCUAUUUGGGCUUGUUUUGUCUUACUGUUAAUUAAAAGAAAUAGAAUAUAUGCAGUUUUAACCUCAUUUGUAGAGCAAUGAAUGUUGGAUCUCCUUGUUGUUAUUAUUUAAUAUUGUUAUUUCUUAUUUGCUAUUAAAUAUUUAUUAUUUAUA